UGCUAUAGCAUGUUUACUUGUUUAGUUUGUUGAGGGCAUUAGAAAGGAAGGUACCGGUAAUUAUGUUUGUAUAUUUACGCAUCUAAUGUCUUUAUGACCUCGAACUGUAAUCCGGCCUGUUCCGUGUUGAUUUCGUGAAAGUGUCCGUCUUGUAGUUGCAGAUUUCCCUUCUUAUGUCUGGGUUCAUAGACCGUAUUUUUUCUAAUGCAUGUAUUUGGACGAGGUUUUCCAAAUAACUAAAAGAACAGUAUUCUUUUGGGACAGGACAAGAACAUUUCUUACAAUGAGUGUCAUUAAAGAAAAUGAUGACUGUAUGAAGACAUUAGCAUCUGCUUUACAAUGUACUCUUGUGAAAGCACACAUAGUUGGUCCAGAAGAUCUGGACAUUAACUUCAAGGUGAAGGUUGGUGGUGCAGAUGCAGACAGUUUUAUGGAUAUGUUUGGGGAAACUGGCCUACCAACCCUUAACACCAGUGGUGAAAUAAUGAUGGAUUCAGUCAAAUGUGACUGUUGUCGUAAAUUCUUUAAGAAGGUUGUAACUUUAAAGUUUGCUUUUAUGGACAGCAAUGAAAAUACCUGCAAAGACUGUGGACCUGUGAGGCGCAGUACAAGGAGAAGAGCCAAAAAGGUAUAUGGUGAAAGGAAUAGCAUUGAAAGCACUGUUCAAAGGGAUCAAGAAACGUCUUUGAUUCAAAAUGAUAGUAGACGGAUAAAGAACCUUCCUGAAGACUCUGAUGGGGAAUUAUGUACUGACAACAUCAAUGAAAACUGUUUACCUGAAGAUACAGCUGCCUCUGAUACUUUCAAAAACAUUGUGUGUGAAAUUUGUGACGAGUCAUUUGUCAGUGAAGGGGUUUUUAUCACUCAUCUCAUGAAACACUCUGGUACCAACUCCUGCAAGUGUGCAGUAUGUGGUGGCAAGUUUUCAAGCAAGUAUGUCCUCAAAAAACACAUGAAGAGACAUAUUCCUGAAGAACACAGGGCAUAUAAGUGUGAUAUCUGUGGAAAAGCCUUCACAGAAGCUUUUUGCUACAGAGAACAUGUCAAGAAUCAUUCUCGGGUUAAGCCUUUCAAGUGCAAGGAAUGCCAAAAGAGCUACUCCAGUUCAACAGCACUGUGGCGGCGACAUAUUCGUGAGCAUGCGAUGGUAAAGGGUAGCAAGAAAACAGAGAUGGACAUAUUGGGCGAACAGAUAAAGCAAGAAGAAAAUUUUACUGACAUAGUGAAUAAGGAAGGGGUGUCCUCAGCACUUUCAACAGCUUGUGAAAGGUCAGAAAAACAAUCAGAAACACACAGUUUGAGUGAAGAUUGUGAGGAUGAUUGUGUUGAUGGUAUGAACAUUGACUGUGAAGGAGAAGAUGACUCUCUCAAUCAACAGGACAGGUACAGAAGUGAAUCCACAAUUUCAAAUAGUAGUGCCCGUGAUGAAGAAAAUGAGGAAAACAUGUCAAGGCCAAAGAAAAAGCCAUUUAAAUGUGACAAAUGUGGAAAAUCAUUUCAAGUCCAUUCAGUGUUCAUGAGACAUAAGAAAUUCCAUAAUGCUGACCAAGAGACAAACUUCAAGUGUAGAAUCUGUUCCAAAGCUUUUGAGUCUGAGGUGCUCCUGGAGAAACACCAGAAGCGCCACUCUGAUGACCGUCCAUUUCCUUGUGGUGUUUGUGACAAAUCUUUCUUCAGCAGACAAGUCAUGGAAAAGCAUUCCAGCCAACAUAUCCCACGUGAUAGGUGGGAAUAUGAAUGUGAAGUUUGUAAGAAGAAAUUUUCCCACAUUUCCUACUUCCGUGAUCACAAGUGGACCCAUGAGACUGAGAAGCCCCACAAGUGUGAGAAGUGUGGCAAGAGAUAUGCAAACAGCCAGUCCUUGCGCCGCCACAUCAUAUCUCACAGCACUGGGGUUCAUAAGUGCAGUGAAUGUAACCAACGCUUUGUCUCUGCUCACAGACUCAAAGAACACAUUUACACUCAUAAUGGCAUCAUGCCUUUCAGCUGUGACAUUUGUGGCAAAGGAUUCAAGUCUUACCAAGUUUUCAAGAAACAUUCAAGAAUUCAUGUGACAGUUAAACCAUUUGGUUGUGAGAAUUGUUCAAAAAGGUUCUAUACAAGAAAUGAUCUUGAUGUCCAUAUGAGGGUUCAUUCAGGUGAACGUCCUUUCCAAUGUGAUGUUUGUGGCAGGACAUACAUAACGAAAAACACUCUUCAGCAUCAUGCAGUAACCCAUACAGAGGAAUACAACGUCAUGAAACCUUGUAAAGUUUGUGGGAAAGAAUUCAGAGGUGAUCGGGCCCUGAUACGGCAUGUCCAGACUCACAAGUCAGAGAAAAAGUUUGUCUGUGAACAGUGUGGUAAGAGGUUUCCUACUUCCAAGUCAUUGUGGUCUCAUAAUCAAACUCAUAAAGGUUACAAGCCUCAUUCUUGUAAAUACUGUGGUAAAAACUUCCGUAGUAGCACCCACUGCAGAAACCACAUGAAGAUACAUACUGGAAAAGAUCUCGUUCAGUGUAAUUUGUGUAGUGACUGGUUCACAGAUGUCAAAUAUCUUCAGAAGGUGCAUCCAAAAUUUUGCAAGAGUAGAAAAGUAUAUUGCGCUGUGUGUGGGCUAGGUUUUCCCCACAACCAUGCACUCCAGAGUCAUAUGGGACUACAUACUGGAGAAAGACCUUAUGGUUGUGACACAUGCGGACGUGCCUUUGCAAAGGAAUCCUCACUUAAUGAGCACAAGAAGCGUCAUCUUGAAGCCAAGUCACACUUAUGUAAAACUUGUGGUAAGGGUUUCAAUUGUCCUGCUGAUCUAAGGAGGCAUGAAAUCAGACACAAGGGGCAGAUGAAAGCUGCGCUUCCCAACAACAUGAAGCCUGGUUAUCCAGAGCAGAAACUGAUGGAAGCAGGAGCAUCUAGUGAGUUUCUAACUCUGUCUGGGCCUGAUACAGUCAUUGAAGAGGUUCAGGACAUCACUGAAGUUGGACAUUUUCCUGCAGAAUCUGAUACUAUUGUCCUGGCAACUAUAGAUCCUAGUCAGAUCGGACCAUCGCAUCAUGCCCAGUUUAACUCUACCGAGGUGCAGUAUAGUGGGGAGCCAGAAGCUGCUGUGGUUCAUUAUCAGGACAGUCAGCAGAACAUCCAGCAGCACCAACAGCAGCAGGACCCUGGACAGUUGGUUGCUGAUUCAGAAUGUCAUUAUGCUUGCCGUUGUUCCGAACCUGUAGCAGAUGAACUUAUUAUUUUAAUUAGUCUUGUGUUAACCUCAAGCAAUAAUGUCUCAUUAAAGCAGUAAGUUCCUGAUAGUGGUGAUGUUGAGAUGAGGACCCUUUCCACAAAGUGGCCUUAGCACAAAGACGAAUAUAACUCCCAUACUUUAGUAUUGAUCCACAGCAGUUAUGUCGUUAAUAUCAAUCUGUGGGGUAGGGCCCAGAGCUCUGGACUGUUGAAUAUUUAGUGCUCAAGUAUCCUGUUAAUCAAAUUGACUGUGAUGGGAAUUACAUACAAUGAUUUGCCAUUGGAUCCAUCUUCCUUGGCAUUUGGGGUCCAUGAUGUAGGGGCGGUGGGGCAGCCUAGUGGUUAAAGCGUUGGCUCGUCACGCCGAAGACCUGGGUUCGAAUCCCCACAUGGGUACAAUGUGUGAAGCCCAUUUCUGG